CGCGAUUCCUAUUUUAUUUUAUUUUAUUUGGAAACUCUUGAAUAGAAACCCAAUAGUCAUGCACACAGUGAUAAGGCAAAUGUCGCAGCUGAGGCUGCAAGCGAUGCCCAGCUCAGCGCUGCUUAAGGCGACUGCCUCCGCGUCCGCCCCAUCCGCACUGGAUCACAGUGGGGCACCUGUCAAUCACCACAGUCUCCACACGGCCGCUGGAUCUGGAGGAGCCCUGUGCGCCAGUUGGAACAAACACAAUAAUGGGCCGCGCAAGUGGCUGGUAUAUAACAAAACAGUGCAUCCACCCCAGCAGCCGGACGAGGAGCCACGCAAGGCGUACGUGUGUCAUAUGCGCAGCAAUAUCAAAUACAGCCCGGACAAGAUGUGGUAUAUAGCAGCAUUUGUGCGCGGCAUGUCCGUGGACGAAGCCCUCAAGCAGCUCAAUUUUGUGCUCAAGAAGGGAGCCACCGAUGUGAAGGAGACCAUUUUGGAGGCACAGGAGAUGGCAGUUCAGCGGCACAAUGUGGAAUACAAAAGCAAUCUGUGGGUAGCCGAAUCAUUUGUGGGAAAGGGCCGCGUCUUCAAGGGAAUGCGACGACAUGCGCGCGGUCGUUUCGGCCAGGUGGAGUACAAGCACUGUCACUACUUUGUGCGCCUGGAGGAGGGCCAGCCGCCCGAGCACUACUACCAGGAGCCACAAACACCCGAGCAGCAGUACGAGCAUUGGCUGGAACAGAUGCGCAGCCGGAAGGUUAUCAAUUCCCUGUAGUGUACACCGUCCUACACCGCAUUUCCACCUGCUUCCCCAUCAAGCAUUUUUUGUUUGUUUUGAACAUUGUUUAAUAAAUAUUAAAACGGAAGAUGCGUAUCUUUA